GCCGGAUCGUUAGCGACCGACACAUCACAAAUGUCCGGAAAUCGUAGCCAGGUGUUAGCUACAUGUGUUGCACAUGCCGAGUUAAACUCUCCUUCCAACAUGGACCUAAACACGAAGAAAACUAUUUCCCAGUCUUUACUGUCUUGUGGAAACGGUGGAGGCCUCAGUGAGAAGCUCCUCCUGAAGCCCGGAGCGGGCCGAUCCCUGCAGACGGAGCGGGUGCCAAGGAGCAGCGUUCUGGAGCGCCUGCAGAGCUUCCUGCCUCGGAUGGCUGAGGCCAACGAGAAGCUGAAGCAGCAGCUGGAGGAGGCUCCUGAAGGACACUUUGACAUCCAGAACGUGGACGAGGCAGAACGGGUCAUAGAGAUGGAUGUAGCUGUGGUGGAGCUGAACGAGUCGGGCAGCGAAUCAGAAGAAGAGGAGGAGACGUCUGAGUCUGAGUCUGAGUCUGAGGAAGACGUCGCUGAGAUCACAGAGAGGAACCUCAAGCUGCCUGGAAACAGAGGGAACAAAAAGGCCAGCAUCCAGGUCCUGGAGCAGGGAGGCGAGUAGGAGAGUGGGCUGCAGAGUUCUGUUGGACGGUUAGAAGAACGCUCCAGAGUACAGAGUGGCAGCUUUUCAUCAUCCCUAUGGGAGUUUUAUAAACAGAGUCAGAUGAAGGGACUACCUCAUCCAGCCUGGCCUUUCACUGAUGAUCAGUGAGUCCUUCCAUGAGUUUAGGCCCAAACCCGCAGGUUCCUAAUGUUGUACACUUUCUGCUAUCAUUUAAGUGCAGAAAGUGCUGUUUCUUUUCUAGAAGCCGUGGGAGUCAUGUCAUGUAGUGUGUGGCAGACAAGAGAUCUGUAAUGGGUCUUCAUUGAGUUGUUCAAGAGGACUGUCAUCAAAUCGGAACAAAAUCAAGCUUCUUCCAUGACUGUAUCCGUUCAGAGAACAGGGUCCAGUAGAGAGCCUGUCUGUCGACAGCGUCAGAGGAAACUGGACUAUAGAGGAUGUGCAGAGGUCAUGUAACAACUGGUCACUGGUAAACCUUAUGGACGACUGGUUGCGCAAGGUUUACUUCAACUUUGUGCGAUUUUAUAAGAGAAGUGCUGUUCUACUACAAAAAUCAGUGGCAAUUUCUGUGGAACACAUCUUAUGUAAACAAUGUUUACAUAAGAUAAUAACAAUAACAACAAUGCUUUUUCCCCCCAACUUGGUAAAUAUUAUCAAAUUAAAGGUUUGAUUUUUCCAAUUGUUUCAGUUUGACAUUUUACUGGCUGCUACCCAAGCUGCCAAUAAAUGUGGAGGAUACUGUAACAAGGUCA